AUGGCACUUGUUACAAUUCGACGUUCUCCGAGUGUGCAAACACCUAGGAAAACGGAUGAGGCAGAAAAAUCAAGUGAUAACAUUGAAGACGAUGUUGGAGAUCGUGUCAGCAAGAGUCUCAAUGAGUGCUACUUUGCAAAUAAGGGUGCCGCAGUGGUGCUGGGUGGUUCAGAGCGCGGCUGUCAGUGGCGCUCGCCGGCGCGGGCUUUCACCCAGCCUGAUAUACAACACCACCUACAGUCCAUGUUCUACUUGCUGCGUCCAGAAGAAACGCUCAAAAUGGCGGUGAAACUAGAGAGUGCUCACGCCGAUCGCACGAGGUACCUGGUAGUGGUAUGUCGCAGCAAUGAAGCGGCGUUACUCGGUAUAGAUUGCAAUGAGCACACCACCGUCGGACUCGUUCUGCGCGUUCUUGCCGAUACAUCUAUAAAAUUAGACGGCGAUGGAGGGUUCAGCGUAUGUGUGUGCAAUCAACAACAUAUAUUCAAGCCAGUGUCUGUGCAGGCCAUGUGGUCUGCACUACAAACUCUCCACCGAGCGAGUGCACAAGCCCGCGAGCUAAAUCACUUCGCCGGUGGCACGUCGCACUCUUGGUGUUCCUACUAUGAAAGCCACGUCGACUCUGACCGCUCAUGUCUCAAUGAGUGGCAUGCCAUGGAUUGCAUCGAGUCUCGCCGACCACCCUCACCAGACUCAUUGAGGCUCAAACCCCGAGAGAGGGAUGAAACUGAACGUGUCAUUCGCUGCACUUUGAAAGAAAUAAUGAUGAGCGUGGAUUUGGACGAGGUGACCAGCAAAGCAAUUAGAGGACGGCUUGAAGAGGAACUCGACAUGGACCUCGCCGAGUAUAAGUCAUUUAUCGAUCAGGAGAUGCUUACAAUACUGGGACAGAUGGACGCACCUACGGAAAUAUUCGACCACGUAUAUUUAGGCUCUGAAUGGAAUGCUAGCAACUUAGAAGAAUUACAACGGAAUGGGGUGAGGCACAUAUUGAAUGUUACAAGAGAGAUUGACAAUUUUUUUCCUGGCAUGUUUGACUAUCUUAACAUUAGAGUUUACGACGACGAGAAGACUGACCUUUUGAAGCACUGGGACAAUACUUUUAAAUAUAUAAAUAAAGCCAGAAAUGAAGGUUCCAAAGUUCUUGUUCAUUGCAAAAUGGGUAUAAGUAGAUCGGCUUCUGUAGUAAUUGCCUAUGCCAUGAAAGCGUUUAACUGGAAUUUCGACAAGGCGCUUAAACAUGUUAAAACAAAACGAAGUUGUAUUAAACCUAACACUAAUUUUUUAAGUCAACUUGAGACAUACCAAGGUAUUCUCGACGCAAUGAAAAAUAAAGAAAAACUGCAACGAUCUAAGUCAGAAACUAAUUUAAAAUCGCCAAAAAAUACAUCAAAAGCUGAAAAUAAAGUGGGUCCAACGCCUUUGGUUUUAGCUUUAACUGGUUCAUACAAAGGACGUCCACGGUCGUGGUCACCUGAUACGAAGCUUGCGUCUGAGUUAUUACCUCCACCCCCACCAACGUCAGUUUCGUUAGAAAAUUUAGCGUUUGAGACUCGUCAUAUGCUAAUGCCAUGUGCGAAUGGAAGUUACAGCGUCUCACCGAACCAAAUUAUGAGAUUGAAAGAGGAGGGUGCUCCAUCAGUAAAGCAUAUAGUAAAUGAAAUAGAAAACGCUGCAUCUGGCGAUCGGAAAGAAGUGGGUAAAAGAUCUCAGAGGUUAAAUUUCAGUAACCAGAAUGAACCGCAAAGUAAUAAACCCUUAGAUAUAACGGCCGGAUCUGUUAUGCAAGUGACAGACGUGCCCAAUAAACCUCCGCAACCUUCUCCAUCCAAAAAUUUUAGUCACAAAUUUCUCACCUCAAAUUCUGAAGUGGAAAAAAUUCAUACCUGGGAUCCAGGGGAAGCUUCGUGGUCGAAGGCUGACGAAAAUCGGACUAUUAGCAAUAGUGACAAUAUAGUGAAAAGUGACAGUGGAAUAAUAGAUGUAAAAACAAACAAAGUGACAACUAGUGACAUUAUCGGUAAUAUCGUAGAACGUUCGAACUUAGAGUGCGACGAUAGGAGAGCCGUCGACGACGACGCUCCACCGCCGAGCAGGCAGAGCUCUUGGAGCUCAUUCGACAGCGCCGUCGUACUGGACCUGUCGCGGCACUCAUCCUGGGGCUCCUACGACACCAGGACUGUCAGACCUCAGCCGCCUGUGUCGCGGGACGAACCCGUCAAACGGAUCAAGGAACGCUCCGAGGAGCGCAGCGUCAGGAAAGACGAAGCCGAUCGGUCAGCCGAGCCGGGGCCUGCGCCACCUAAGUCCUCCUCUGAUCUCGGCAUUAUCACUGAGUACACCGAGACGCGAACGGGAUUGCGACGAGCGGAUAACGAGAGGAAAUUCAACGAAACGUGUGCCAUACUGACGGAGCUCGCCGACGCGGCAGCUCGCAUGGAGCGGGCGCGUGACCGCGGCGCGUCUACGUGGAGCGGCCGCAUGUCCGCGUCCGCCCCGGCCGAUACUUGGCUACGCGGCUCUGCGUGCCUGCGUCGGCGCCGCGCGACAUGCGCCUCGCAAGGCGACCUGCCUCGCGCCGCGCCUGCAGCCGCCUCCGGUCUCGUCAGCAACCUCAAAAAGGAGUUCGAGGCUCGGGCGGAAACGGACACUUUGCGUCACACCGAGUCGCGGGGACGAUCGUCAACCGGCGAGGGACGCGAUCGGCCGCCGGCCUCGCCUCCCUCGGGCGAGGAUUUGUCCGUCAAAGUCCUGGUCGACCGGUACGACAGGCCCAGUCGGUCGCGAUGCGAAUCGAGCUGUGAGGUGCGUCGGAGCAGAGCCUCGCACGAGUCGACGUCGAAGAAGAGUCGUCUGACGACGGAGAGCGAGGCGCGGGCGCGAUCGGCGCUUCGCAAUUCGUUCUGCGGCGCGGUGCGCGGGAGCGCCGAGCGGCCGCCGCUGGCUCCCACGGUAGUUUCGCUGGCGCCGCUCGACUACAGCGACUUGGUAGUAUCAACUGUGAUGUCAAAAGCUCAAACUAAAAAACAAUUGCAACAUGGGAAGACCCAUCCGUUGACGAGGCUCAACUUGAAUCGGUCAAAUAACAGAUGUUCAAAUCCUGUAUAUAAUACUAUGUAG